UUUGUUGAGAUGCGAAAAAUAUUUUUUAAGUGGAGAUUAAAUAUUUUGAAUGUGUAAUAUAAAGUUUGAAAUGCAAAAAUCGAAGAUGAAAGGGAAUUGUUGAAAAACGAAUGCAUCUGAUGUUGAUGAUCCAGUGAGAUAGUCACGGGCGCAAGAUCAAGCGAGGGCGGGUUAUUUAAAAUUCAUUUCGCUUGAAACUUGGCUAUCACAUUACACCAGACCUCGUUAGAUAUUCCGGCAAUAAUAAUAAUCAGUUGUUCAAUCGAGAUAUUCGGCUUCGAUUAUAAGGACAGGGAUAUCUUAUCAGCGGAGCAUUAUCUCAAUUUCCCAAAGUUUAUUCAAUACGAACAGAUUUUUUCAACUCUAGAGUUCAUUUUAAUUCAACUGACGACAUACGAAAAAAAAUCCUCUUUUUAACUUUAACAAUCUGAAACUGCCUGAAACAGUUCAUUUAACGGGGAUAAUAUGGAGAUAUUCGGAUUGAUUGUUGUUGGCACGUGUCUCACUGCGGUCGGUGGCUUUCGGGGACCUCAUCAUCCUAGAGGAUCUGCCUCCCAUCAUCAUUAUACACCCCAGAGGGAUGUUAAACUCACACAGGAUGCACAACUGUUGCACGACACUGCACAUUUAAUGGAGGACAUGGGGGAUUUUGCGAAUGAGAUUGACGUGUCCAAAAUGACGGAGGAACAGCUGGACUUUUAUUAUUUCCAAGCUCAUGAUAUUGAUAAUAAUACGAAGCUCGAUGGGUUGGAGCUGCUGCACGCGAUCCAGCACUCGUUCCAUAAAGAGGAGGACGGCCACGAAAUAGGAGACGAAUUAAAGCAAAUUCCAUUUAUUGUGGAAUCUAUCGACCGAGUCCUGGAGGAAGAUGAUCUCGACAGAGACGGAUAUAUCACGUACAUUGAAUACGUCUUAGCCAGACAGAAGACAGGAAUCGAUCCUGAAAAGCCCCAGAAAGACCUGAAACUCCAUAUCUAAGGCUCCAAAAUUUUUCUACUCUCGAUUUAUAAUUAAUGAUCACGUGUGUAAAUACCAAAAAGCAAUAAAUAAAAAGAAUAUGUUGGGAAAAUAACGAAA